GCCCCUCUGUCCUGCCAGGAAACGAGCUCGCUUCCCUGGAAACCAUCCAGCGGCAGAGGAUGAGUCUGCAGUGGACCGCAGUGGCCACCUUCCUCUAUGCGGAGGUCUUCGUUGUGUUGCUUCUCUGCAUUCCCUUCAUUUCUCCGAAAAGGUGGCAGAAAAUUUUCAAGUCCCGCUUGGUGGAGUUGGUAGUAACAUAUGGCAACACCUUCUUUGUGGUUCUUAUUGUCAUCCUGGUGCUGCUGGUUGUUGAUGCCGUCCGAGAGAUCUGGAAAUAUGAUGAUGUGACAGAAAAGGUGAACCUCCAGAACAACCCUGGGGCCAUGGAACACUUCCACAUGAAGCUUUUCCGCGCCCAGAGGAACCUCUACAUUGCUGGCUUUUCCUUGCUCCUGUCCUUCCUGCUGCGACGCCUGGUGACUCUUAUCUCCCAGCAGGCCACGCUGCUGGCCUCCAAUGAAGCCUUUAAAAAGCAGGCAGAGAGUGCUAGUGAGGCUGCCAAGAAGUACAUGGAAGAAAACGAGCAGCUGAAGAAGGAAGCUGGUGUUGACAGAGGCAAGCUGCGAGUUGGGGAAGCCGAGGUGAAGGUGGAGGAGGAGAACAGAAACCUGAAGGCUGAGCUGAAGAAGCUGAAGGAGGAGCUGGCCAACAGCAAGCAAAAACUGGAGAAGGCUGAGAACAAGGUCCUGGCCAUGCAGAAGCAGUCUGAGGGCCUGACCAAGGAGUACGACCGCCUGCUGGAGGAGCACGCCAAGCUGCAGGCGGCAGUUGACGGUCCCACGGACAAGAAGGAGGAGUGAGGAGAGGCUCUCCUUUCCUGCAGUGGCUCCACCGGCACG